AUGGUUCGACCAAUACUUGACGUGGGAAAUAAAAGAAUAAAAUUUUCAAAAAAAUAUUGGAAGUAUGAUGGCCUUCAUGUAAUUUCAUUUACUAAGGCGGGUUUAAGAGGAGAAAAUCAAGAUGGAAUGUCUAUUGAAUUUGGAUUAGGUAAAAAACUGAAAGGAUAUUAUUUAUUUGGAGUGUAUGAUGGUCAUGGAGAAAAAGGCGAUCAGAUUUCUGCAGAUUGUGCUAAAUAUUUGCCAAAACAUAUUGCCAACCAUUUAUAUGAAUUAUUACCAACGGUUGAAAAUGAGGAAAUGAUUAAAAAUGCUAUAAAAAAAGGAUAUGAUGAUACUGAAAACUAUUUUAAAACACUCGACGUUAAAGGUAUAAGAGGAAAUAAAGUUCGAAUGUCCGGCACAACGGCAUUAACAGUUAUGAUGACGCCUAAAAAAAAUUUAUAUAUUGCAUUUGCUGGUGACUCUUCUGUAUUUAUUAUGUCAUCGAAUAAAUCAAAAAAAGUUAAUAUAGAGCAUAAUUGUCACAAUAAAAAUGAACUGCAGAGACUUAGAGCCCAAAGACCAAGGGGUUUCAUGUAUACUAUAAAAGCACGUUCUGUAAAAGAUGAUUUAUCUAAUGAAAUACAAUAUACUCGCUCUUUAAGCGAUUUUUAUAUCAAAAGUUUUUUUUCAGAAGGUCUAAUUGCUGAACCUGAGAUAAUUGAUGAUGUUUAUCCGGCAUCCAGCCUUGAUUUACUUGUGCUUGCUUCUGAUGGCAUCACGGAUCGUUUCAAAAUAUAUAAAAAACAUCCCACAGAGGUUUAUUUAAGUUUUCUAAAAAAGCACAAAGGAGAUCCGGACCGAUUUGUUAAAGCCUGUGACGGAAUGAUUGGAUUAUGUGAUACUAUAACUGAAAAGCGUAUUUGUGUAGAUGACAUGUCGAUUAUAAUUAUUAUAAUUUUGAAUGGAAAGUCGGAAGAUGAAUGGUAUCGUGCUGUUACGAAAAAUGCUGAGAACCUUGAAGAUUGGAUUAAUGUAAAUGAAGAAGAAGAUUUAUCAGAAAUUGAUGAUCAGGACAUUUACGACAAACACUCUAAUGAAGUUGAUGAUUUUUUAGUUUCAGUACCGCUAACAACAAUAUCAACUGGAUAUUAUGAUGAAGAUUCUGCAAUGAAUUUUACUAUUUCUGAUGAUGAUGAGUUCGAUUGA